GGAAGAGGACGAUGAAGAUCAAAAAGAGGUAAAACUCGAUGUACCAAGUAGGUGCAACCUAGGCAUAGUGGGAACUGGUAGUGAAAGAAACAGGUAAACAGAUACAUGCAGCACUUCACGUAAAUGUGUUUGUGUAAAUAAUGCAGCUGAUGUGCAUGCUUGUGUGGAUUCAGAUGGAAUUAAACUCCCUUUAUUCAUCCUGUUGGGGGCUGUGAGUCGGCGGGAGGUCGACGAUGACGUGGCAAAGGUCAGGCAGCAAGUUAUAUAAAUAUGGAUGGACUCAGUUGACACCCAUUUCAGAGGCAACAUUUACACCUUUUACAACAUGAUCUCCCUCAGUGUCAUCAUACAUACCUUGGUGCUUCUGAACUCCAGAUUGCUGAUAUCUGCAGAUGGCGCCGCGUAUGGAUGCUGUGCCAUGAGUCAACGGCAGGGAGUUCUGAGGGUUCUCCGGACCAUGGGAACAGUGGGGGUUGGAAACCCAAGACACAUUGGAAAGGGGUGAUACCAGUGGCAGGUUUGCAGAGUGAAUUUUGAGCAUACUCGGCCCAGAAUAGAUAACGGCUCCAGUCGGACUGAUUUCGAUGGCAGUAUGAUCGGAGGAAUCGAAUGAGCUCUUGAUUGAGACGUUCCACCUGGCCGUUGGAUUGAGGAUGAUAUCCGGAGAAACUGUAGUUACAUGUGAUGGCUUUGUCCAGCGUCUCAGUUGUGAUACUGGUGUGAUCAGUGUACAAUCAGCGACAUGUGGCCGCACAAGCAGCCAAAUUUGCAGCGUUGGACGACCACAAUCUGAAAUAUCUAAUGCUCGGUGUUCAGUAGAUGUGCCUGCAGUCUCUAAACGGUGUGAUGGAUUGAGAGAGUGUGAGUUAAACACUCAAGGACUUGCACCAAAAGAUCCAUGUUUUGGUACCUUCAAGUACUACACUACCAACUACAUUUGCAUCCCAGCAGAAACAAGUGCGACUUGUCAUGGUGGAUACGGUUAUUUGAAAUGUGAAAAUGGUAGGAUUCAGAUAAAUACUGCAAACUAUGGACGUACAGAUAAAACCACCUGCUCUGAAGGACGUCCAUCCAGUGAGCUCCAAAACACCAACUGCAGUUCACCCAAUGCACUGGCUCCUGUGUCCAAAAGCUGCAAUGGCCUGGAAAGUUGUGAGGUGUUUGCAACACAUACAGUCUUUACUGAUCCCUGCAUUGGCACAUACAAGUACCUCGCAAUCUCUUAUUUUUGCCUCCCACCUGGAGUUCGUUCGAGUUUGCUCUGUGAACAUGAGACAAGUGCCCUGACCUGUGAUGUUGGGACUUUCAUACGCAUUCACAGUGCUAACUACGGCCGAACUGACAGCAGCACGUGCUCUACUGGACGACCUGCUUCUCAGCUUGCCAAAACUGACUGCUAUGCCUUAAAUUCACACACAGUAGUUGCUAGUGGAUGUGAAGGAAAAAACAACUGCACCAUAUUAGCCUCCAACAAUGUCUUCUCGGAUCCAUGUGUCGGCACAUUCAAGUACCUGUACAUCUCAUACUCCUGCGUGUAUAAGUAGAACGACAACUGAUCUUGUGCAUUUGGCCUCUUCGAUUCUCAAUCAGAAUCUCCUCCACUUUAAAUGCACUGAAACCAAAUCUAUUUCUUAAUUGUUAAUGCAUCUAAUAUUAUGUGGUAUUUGCCGUUUUUCCUCUUGUAAAGAUAUGGCAAAAAUCGUAAUGGGAAAAUACUUGUGUGCUAAUCUGAAUUCAGUCUUUGUGUGGAUGAAAUCAUUGGGUAAGACUUUUGCAUAAGGCUUUGAUUCUCAUACAAUAAAUAUUUCUAUGGACCUUGCUUGUACACUAUGUUGGGAUUUUCCUUACAGUAAAUGCUUUGCAAAUGGGAA